AUGGCUGCUGCGCAGAGUGGACCCGAGUUGCAUGGCAAUACCGGCAUGAAGCCAAUACCCCAGAGCUCCCUGCCAGAAGACGACCACCACGACCAAAUCGGCUCAAACGGUUCCACUCCCACAGGCAUCGCAACGCCUCAGCCGGAUCCUGCGGACAAGCGUCUGCCUUCAAUCAUGCACAACUACUUCCAGGUUGGUUCUUUUUCUGGUGAUAAAGCGAGUCUGCCGCGGUUCUGGUCAUGUCUUUCAAAACCCUCUGUGGACCCUCCCUCGGAUGCACACCCCACCCAGCUCUCUGGCGCUCCCACCGAGUCCUGUGAGGUGACGGAAGAGGGGUCUAGCAAGAUGGAGGCUGCGCAUUCCACCCCGCCCACUCCUCCCCACUCCCUGUUGCAGAAAGAGUCGGAUGAAAUGGAGCUUGAGUCGAGUCUUGAUAAGGGUGCGGGGUCCAUCUUCACCACCCUCAAACACUAUCUCCAUCCAUCCGCACCCGCUCCCACAGACAAUCCUUCCCGCCGUCAAACUUGCCUCCCAGUCUCCAGCGUCUCUGACGACCCCGUUCUUGCCACACAUUUUUCCAAUCCAUCUCUCCCUCCUGCUUCAGAUGCGUUGUUCUUGACCGAAGCCCCCUUGCUCGACCACGAAAAGCCGCAUGUUUCCAAAUCUUCCGAGAACCUUGCCAAGCUAACUGGAAACGCGCCCGAUGGGUCGCGUCUCAAGAACACUCCGCCGCUUACUCCCCGGGCCAUGUCCAACGAAGGCCAAUCGGUCGAUCAAAAACACGUCACCUCGGCUCCCCAGAUGCCUGCACAGUCGCAUCCCCAGCCUGAUGACGGAGGCAGCUCGACGGACGAGAUCGCGAUGAAGCUUGACGAGGCUUUCCCUUCCCAAUCGACGACCUCCCCCCAGGCCGGCCCACCCGUGGGACCUCUCAAGGGCAAGUUGUUUGUGAAAAUCUCCGAAGGUCGAGGUUUACGUCCCGGGCUUGACCCCUAUGUGGUGUGUGUUUUUGAGUGGAACGAGUAUAUUUCCAAAGGCACCCGGGACGGUGAAGAGGAGAAGAAACGCCGCCAAAUUGAGUCGGACGCCGCCGAGGCGGCCGGCCGCCCUAUGGCUAUCCCCAUGAGGAGUCGUCAAAGUAGCCACAACAGUGCCCUGGAGGGCCAUGAACACAAAGGAAAAAUGCCUGUGACAGAUCCUCAUUGGGAUCAUGAGGCUGUCUUUGAUGUUCUCGGUGAUCAGUCGGAACUGGAUGUCACGGUUUACGAUCGCAGCAGCCAGGAGAUGUUCUUGGGCCAUGUGCGACUCGGCAUCAAUCUGAAAGAAGAUCACAGCCGGUUAGAAGGAUGGUUUCCCUUGGUGGCGCGUGGAGCCGGCGACAAUCAGGUGUCGGGCGAGAUUCACCUCGAAUUGCAAUACGAAAAGACCGACCGAAAGCAGGUCGGCCCGAAUGACUUCCAGAUUCUCAAGCUUAUUGGCAAAGGCACGUUCGGCCAGGUCUACCAAGUCAAGAAGAAGGAUACAGAGCGCAUCUACGCCAUGAAAGUUCUGUCGAAGAAAGUGAUCAUCCAAAAGAAGGAGGUGGCGCAUACCCUGGGGGAACGCAAUAUUCUGGUACGGACAGCUAUGGCGGCUUCGCCAUUCAUCGUCGGACUCAAGUUCUCUUUCCAAACGCCAACCGACCUCUACCUCGUCACGGAUUACAUGUCUGGUGGUGAACUAUUCUGGCACCUGCAGCGCGAAGGCCGAUUCCAGGAAGCACGGGCCAAGUUCUACAUCGCCGAGCUUAUCUUGGCCCUGCAACAUCUGCAUGACUACGACAUUGUAUAUCGGGACUUGAAGCCCGAGAACAUCCUUUUGGAUGCCAACGGUCACAUCGCGCUGUGUGACUUUGGUCUCUCCAAGGCGAACCUGACGCAAAACGACACCACCAACACUUUCUGUGGUACGACAGAAUACCUGGCCCCGGAAGUGUUGCUGGAUGAGCAAGGGUAUACAAAGAUGGUCGACUUUUGGUCCCUGGGAGUUCUGGUCUUCGAGAUGUGCUGUGGUUGGAGUCCGUUCUAUGCCGAGGAUACCCAGCAGAUGUACAAGAACAUCGCCUUUGGCAAAGUGCGAUUCCCCCGGGAUGCCCUGAGCACCGAGGGACGGAACUUUGUCAAGGGUCUGCUGAACCGGAAUCCCAAACACCGGUUGGGUGCCAACGACGAUGCCAAGGAGCUCAUGGCGCAUCCGUUUUUCCAUGAUAUCGACUGGGACGCGUUGGGCCGCAAGCGAGUGAUUCCACCCUUUAAGCCGAAGCUGCAGUCUGACACGGACACGUCGAAUUUUGAUCCUGAGUUUACCAACGCUCUGGAGAACAACAACUCGCUCAACGACCGCGCGGCCGCAUUGGCCAACGGACUAAUGCCGGUCGGGACCACGCCCCUGUCCCCUGGAAUGCAGGCCAACUUCAAGGGGUUCACUUUUGUUAACGAAAGCUCUAUUGACCACCACCUCAAGAACGAGCCGGGCGAUCGGAUGGAAGAGGACCCCAUCCAGGACGAGGGGUGGCAACGGUCCCACCGAUCAGGGAACUCGGUCGAUCAGCGCAUGAGCGGCGUCCAGAAGACGAACGACGGCACGGAACCCGCUAUUUUCAACGUUGAUGAUAAUUUUGACAUGUGA